GGGGGUGGGGGUGGGUAGAGAGCUCCCCUCGCCCUGCAGUUGAGCAGCCUCGAUUGGAGUCCUUCCGAAGGCUCACAGACGAGAACUGGCUCACUUCAAGCCACGCAGCCCACAACCGAGAAUUAUUCUCUGAGCAUCCACUGCAAAUAAAUAGGAUUGUCCCCCGGAUCUGCCUUUCCUUUUCCUCUGAGUGAAGUGUCUCAACAGAUGGGCGUCUGCAGGUGGGGUCAGCUCUGCAUGGUCCAUCACGUGUUUUGCCAACCUGCUUUCAGAGUUUAUGGGGGGGGGGCUGGUGCCCAGUAGCUUCUUAUCCUUUUAAAGAGAGCUUUCGCAAGGGGGCUGAAGAGAGGCCCCCACACGCACACACACACACGCACAAUAUGUCAGCAAACCGAAGUGAGGAGCAGUUGUAGGGGCUUUUUCUGCUGAAGAGAUGGGGAAUGGGGAGGGGCUUUCCAAGGCCAUGGGGCCACCCACAGCCCCCCCUCCAGCGCCGGAUUUUCCUAUAGGCUAACUAGGCUUCAGCCUAGGGCCUCAAGAUCAAGAGGGGCCUACAUUCAAAUUGUUAGCAAAAUUAAAAUUACACUUUCACUAUGGGUGAAAGGGCCUCAUAAGUGGAAUAGCCUAGGGCCUCUUUGCAUCUAAAUCCGGCCCUGCCCCCCUCCCUCGCCUUUUCCCAGCAGGCCUCCAGCCAAGCGUCACGCCGAAUGGGGAAGUGGCCCCUACUGGGGUUUUGAGUCCGGGAUGAGGGGACAUUCCUCUCUCCCUUGCCAGAUGGAAAGCCCCAGGCCUGGGGGGAGGGGGGUAUUUCCUCUGCUUCCUUAUCUUCCCCCCUUUUCUCCCUCAGAAGCAGGAAUGGAAUUUGGGGUGCAAAAUGUCACCGUCCCGUCCGUAGUUGGGUUGUGGCUGAGCCAUGGCAAGAGGGGGUGGAGACCCCUCCCCAGGAAAUCAGCUACAGGGCUGCCCCCAAUCCUCAGUGGGAGGCACAACUGGGGCCCCUUCAGCUGACCAGCUGGGCUUGGCUGACCUUUCCUGAGGCUGCGUCACUCCAAAUGGCCCCCAAUCCGUGGGAAAGCCCGAUAGGCAUUGGGGAUGCCCGUUCUGCUGGACGCCUCCGGAGCGCUGCCCUUUCGCACGCCGACCCCCAGACCCUAUUGCUGCUAUGGCCGCGAGAGCUCCGCCUCUUAUUGGACGUCCCCUGCCCACAACCACCCCGCGAGUUGCAGGGCCUGGCCUUCGCGCAGGGGCCCAGCUGCAGCCGCACUCAGUACCCGUCCAACGGCAGGUGCUGCAGCCGAUGCCCACCAGGCCACAAAGUGGCAGCUGCCUGUUCGGGGGAGUCCAAUACGACCUGCAUCCCGUGUGAGGAGCAACACUUCCAGGCCAACUGGACCAAGGAGUCUCACUGCACCCCACACCACAUCUGCAACCAGAAAGCUGGCCUGAUUGUCUAUCGGAACGGGAGCAAAGAGCGAAAUGUCAUCUGCCGGUGCCAGGAGGGUACCCACUGUUCCAGCCACGAGUGUAAUACCUGCCGGCCACACACCUCCUGCGGCGCAGGGGAAGGGGUCCAACAGGAAGGCAGCCAUGCAAAUGACACUCUGUGUGCCCCCUGUGCUCCGGGCCAUUUCUCCAAUGCCUCGUCCUCCACAGCUCGGUGCCAGCCCUGGAGCAGGUGCCAGGAGGGGCAGGUUCAGAAGGCAAACGGCACACGGGCAACGGACGUCAUUUGUGAGGCCCUCCCGUUGCCCCACGAGGCCAGGAAGAGCCACCUGCUGGUGCUGCUCCCGAUUGCUGCCUUCCUGCUGGGGGCACUGCUUUUCUUGUGGCAUCGACGUGGCAAAUGUCCUCGGAAGCGGCACCAGGAUCUGCCCCCGGAGCCCACCGAGAACGAAGAGACUGCCUUCCCCACCCAAGAGACCCUGCUGGGGGAGCAGGCGGGCAUGCAAGAGAAGGACUGCCGUCUCGCCCAGCAGGAGCAGGUCUGACCAGGAAGCCGUGGGGAUGCGAGGCCAGCUGCACAGCCGGGCCGCCUGCCUCUCUGCACCCCAUGCCCGGCAGCCAUGGGGAUGCUGUGUCCUGC